AUGGCUUCUCCAGAGUCCCCUGUCAAUGCAAACCAUGUGGACGACAAUGGCCUGGCCGAGUCCCUGAACCAACUCAAUGUUGGGGAUAGAGAAAACGAACCAGCCAAGACUGAGGAGGAAUACGCGCAGUCCCAACUUACGCUCAGGGCUAUCGUCUCCACCAAGGAAGCCGGUGUCAUCAUUGGCAAAGCCGGGAAGAAUGUCGCCGACCUCAGAGAAGAGACUGGUGUCAAGGCCGGUGUCAGCAAGGUGGUCCAAGGUGUCCAUGACCGAGUCUUGACCGUCACUGGCCCGCUCUCCGGCAUUGCAAAGGCAUAUUCUCUCGUGGCCAAGGGCUUGCUCGAGGGCGCGCCCCAGAUGGGCAUGGGAGGAGUAGUCCAAAACAAUGGCACCCAUCCAAUUCGCCUUCUGAUCUCUCAUAAUCAGAUGGGCACCAUCAUCGGCCGACAAGGUCUCAAAAUCAAACAUAUACAGGACGUUUCUGGUGUUCGGAUGGUGGCACAGAAAGAGAUGUUGCCACAAUCCACCGAACGCAUCGUCGAAGUUCAAGGUACACCAGAGGGCAUCGACAAAGCUGUAUGGGAAAUCGGGAAGUGCUUGGUCGACGACUGGCAACGUGGUACCGGAACUGUCUUGUACAACCCGGCUGUCCGAGUCCAGGUCGGCUCUGGGCCUCUACCUCCCGUCGUGGCUGGCUUGACCAGUUCAUUGCCCGGCAACACCUAUGGUGGUGGUCGAUCAUACAACCGUACCGGUAACGGGGCUGACUUCAGCGAAGGCCGUGGCUACACUCGCGGUAACGAUGUCCCACGCGGCGGCAUUCCCAUGGUCACAGAAGACGGGGAAGAAGUCCAGACCCAGAACAUCAGCAUCCCUGCCGAUAUGGUCGGCUGCAUUAUCGGACGCGGAGGCUCUAAGAUCAGCGAAAUUCGCAAGACCUCGGGUGCUCGCAUCUCGAUUGCAAAGGCUCCCCAUGACGAUACCGGCGAAAGGAUGUUCACGAUUAUGGGAAGCGCCAGCGCGAACGAGAGAGCCCUGUAUCUCCUAUACGAAAACCUGGAAGCGGAAAAGGGACGUCGACAGCAGGUUUCUUCCGAAUGA